UAAUAAUAUACAUAAUAAUAUUAUAUGUAAUAAUAAUUAUCUAUAUAUAUAAUUAUUCAACAACAACAUAAAUAUCGAGCAAGGUUAUGUUGACUGACAAUGUCAUCAAACGAGGACAAUCCUUAUGCUCAAGUAGCAAGAGGUGCAUUGAAAUUAAAAAAUUGUGAUACUGGCAGCAAAAAAAAAAAACGUAAGGAAAAAGAAAAGAAAAAACUUGUAGAAGUAUCAAAAAUUGUUGAAGAAGAACAUACCACACCAGUUGAAAUAAAAAGAACAAAAGCUGAACUUUCAUUUUUAAAAAUGCAAGAAAAAAUGCAAACUGAAAGAAUAAAACAAAAAGCAUCAAAAACUCACAAACAACGUGUUGAAGAAUUCAACAGACACCUGGACAGUUUAACUGAACACUUUGAUAUUCCAAAAGUCAGUUGGACCAAAUAA